CGUGCUGCAGCGGACUCAGACGGUCCUCCUCUCCCCGUCUUCCUCUCUCCUUCAGCGGGAUUUUCCCUAAUGGCAACGCCGGCGGACGACCCGCGGGAAACGGAGGACGUUGUCGUCGCGCUGUCGACGCACCACCACUCACACAACAGCAAUAGCAACAAUAAUAACAACAAUAACAACAACAAAGACAGUGAAACGGGGGACACCACGACGUCCACCACUGGGAGCACGGAGGCGGGAGGCGGGACACAGAGCCUCGGUAACGGGUCCGUGCUUAGCCCCAGCGGCGGGAACAACGGGAAGUGGGUCCGGCUGAACGUGGGCGGCACAGUGUUCCUCACGACGAGGCAGACCCUCCUCAAGGAGCAGACCUCCUUCCUGUACCGGCUGUGUCAGCAGCAGGACCUGCACUCAGACACCGACGAUUCGGGAGCCUAUGUGAUCGACAGAGACCCGACCUACUUCGGUCCCAUCCUGAACUACUUGCGGCACGGAAAACUGGUCUACAACAAGGAGCUCGCCGAAGAAGGCGUCCUGGAGGAGGCCGAGUUUUACAACAUCACGCCGCUCAUCAAACUGAUCAAGGAGAGGAUCCUGGAGAGAGACUCCAAGGCCACGCAGCAGGUGCCCCCCAAGCAUGUGUACCGCGUGUUGCAGUGCCAGGAGGAGGAGCUCACCCAGAUGGUCUCCACGAUGUCGGACGGCUGGAAGUUUGAGCAGGUCAGCGUGCGCGCCUGCAGAAAGCCCCGCACCGGACUGCUCUGGACUAUGGUGAACAUCGGCUCGUCGUACAGCUACGGGACGGAGGACCAGGCUGAGUUCCUGUGUGUCGUCUCAAAGGAGCUUCACACUCCCGGGUCAGGACUCGCUACAGAGCAGAGCCACAAAACAAAGCCGGCGGAGAUGCAGGAGGAGGAGGAGGAGGAGGAGGAGGAGGAGGCGGCGAAGGAGGCGGAGGAGGUGGAGGAGGAGGAGGGAGGGAGAGAAACCACACCGAAUGAGUGGAUUAGAGAAUGAGGGAGUCAUGUUGCUUUGUUCCAAAGAGAGGCGGGAAUGGCUCUUCCAGAUCCACGGGUCCCGGAUGUAGAAAUGUACAAGAUUUUUAAGUUAUUAUUUUCUAUUCCUACUGCGCGUCAUCCCCCCAAAAAUCUAAGGUGUAGCAUUGACAAAAGACCAGGUAGAAAAAACCACAGAAUCUCACAGGUGAGCACAGCAAUACCUUCAUUUAAUUAGUAGAAUCGAUCGUGUGUUUGCGUAGGUUAUCUCGCCAAGGGCAUUCGUGUAGUGGAGCUUAGUACAAUUUAACCAAAGAUCCAGAUCCAACCUGGAUGAUUUAAAGGUGCUGAGAAAUUUGCCUGAAAAAAUUGACAUUGUUUUGUCAUCGUUGCUUCUGCGUCUCUAUGAUCGGAUGUUAAAAGCGAAGGGUGUGAAGGGAUCAGAUCAUUGUGAUAUUUCCUGAGGGCGUUAUUCCCAUUGUCUUUUUUCAUUUUGCGCUUGAGGCAAUAACUGCGCUUAUAUGUCUGUAAGCCUGGAGAGUGUUGAGAUGAGCUAAAGCCUGUUUGAUUAAUGGAUUUUUCUGCUUUUUUAGCCAGAAACCCAUUAAAAAUACUGGUGAAUUUUCAAGGAAACUCUUUCUCUUUAACUCAAUUAGCUUUUAGCGUCACAUUCCAAAGUGCUGAAUCCAUUUAGAUAUCAUUUUAUGGUGUUGUGAUGUAAAUGUCCUGCCUUUUAUUUUAUUUACAGCUAGUUUAUUCACGCCAAUUCAAUCAGCUGAUUCGUUCUUAAUUCGUACUUCUUCUGUUCUCUAAAGGUCCCCCAUUAUUAUUAAUUCCACUUGUUCAUGUCUUUUCCUCAUAAAGAUGUGUCCCCUCUGUGUUAAGGGACUCUGAAAGUUUCAGGAAUUUCUUUUUGUCCUGAUCCAUCUCUAUAAAAACCGGUCUGAAAAUCAGCGGAUCAGAUUUUGGCCACUUUGUGAUGUCACAAUGUUUCUUUGGGUUGUGCAACCAUUAGCCAUUAACCAACUGAGGUAACACCCGCCCACCUUAUCACCUGAAUCCCCUCCUAGAGCACCAUUGUGGUUUUUUAAACCAAUCGUCUCUCAGAGGGGCGUGGCCAGCAGCAGCUCGUUAGCAUGUAAAGGUACAGACACAGAAUCAGCACUUUGGGCUGAAACAGAGGGGUUUAUGGGAUGCUGCAAUGAUCUGUUUGGUGUUUCAGCCAAUCAGAGAGAGGUUCUGUAUUUAUCUGAGACCUGUUAAAUAUUUAAAAAGAGUAUAAUAGGGGACCUUUAAAGACCAACGCACAAUCAAAACGAUUGAAAUACUUAUUUGUCUGAUUUAUAUCCUCCACUCUGAGCACAUAAACUGGCAUGGACAAACGUGCACAAAUAUUAAGCCAAAAAGAUGAGCCUAAAGCCAUUCACAUCUCUAGUUUGAUCUCACACACGUCCGCACAGUAAAUACAAAGUGCUAGACGGAAGAACAAAAAAAACGUGGUAAAAGCGGAGUCUGCUCACUUGAUAAUGCUCCCAUGAACAUUCAAUUAAUUGCCAUGAGUCUGCAGGCUCUAACAUCACUGGUGUUAAUUAAAUUAAUGUUCAUGGGAGCAUAAUCUAACUGUGGAAACUCUAUAACCCUUUAGUGAGAGCUUGAGCAGAUCUUGUGCAGCACAGGCUUCUUAGUUUUGUUAAAAGUUAAUUGACACAUGGAAUCUGUACAGCUGAACACAGACUACAGCAUUUAUUGGAGUGGGAUAUGUUUAAACCCUUAGCAUGUAUUCACUGAUGCUCUCCUUACAGAGGUUUCAUGUGUCGUUGUGUAACAAAGCUGAAAACAAGCAGACAAAACCACACACUCUCCACCAACACUGACAGCUGCAGGGAAAAGGCUGUAGCUGAGAUGCAAAGACAUCAAAAUGAAGAGAGGGAGGUGUGUGUCUGUUUUGCACAAAAAAAGUGAUACCAACAAACACAGUGGUAAUGGUUUCUCUGCUGUGCCGCAGUGCAGGUGAAUGAUUGAGAAGGGUUUUAACAUCACACAUGACAUUUAACAAGCUCUAUUGGCAACAAGUAGGAAUUGCACCACAGAUCAGAUGUGUACCCUCUGCACAAGACAGUUUUUAUAAAAGUUGUGUAUAGAAUUUAAUUAAUUUCAAGCUGUCAUUCAGAAAAUAGCAGGUUUUUGCAGUGCAUUUACUGGUAAACUAUAAAGGCAUAGUUGUUAAAUGCUUGAAAACCACCUAUAAACAGGGUAAUCAGUUUAUAUCAGCAGGUAAAUGUGUAAAUAGACCAAUAACACAUAUACCGUACAGUAAAAAUAUACACCCGGAAACACAUUCGUUGUUGAACAGAUGCUAACGGAGGGGCAGGACUUUGUAAAGUACUUAUUAGAGGCAUAAAUAAGAUUAAUAUUUGAGGUAAUCUGCUUUUUUUUUAAAGCCAAACAACCAUAGACAUUAAAAUAUAACUUAACUAAAGAAGAAAGACUCACUAUAUUAAGUAAUCAAACCAAAUAGACGUUCCUAAAACAGCUGGGCUAAUCCGUUUUUAAGCUAACGUUACUUAAACCGCGGUAAAAUUAGCGUUUAUUUUCAGCUCCAAACUGUAUUUACACAAUAGACUGUAUAAAAGAAGUGGGAGUAGUCUCUGGGAUUUCACUCACUGGUUGUUUGACUUUCACCAUCAUGUUUUUGGGAUAUAUUGGGACUACAGGGUGGAGCUGGGAAAGAGCAGGGACAUGUAGCAUUAGCAGCUAACGCUAGCUAGGUUAGCAAGGUGAAUCCGCAAGUCAUGCUAAAUUGGGUUGCCAGUUUAACAUUGGAUUUACCUGAAAGUUAUAAUCUGCAGACUCCUUAAGAGUGUCUUUCUGGUAGUCAUGCCCUAAAGCAUACACUGCUUUAGUGCCUAUUUGACCCUAAAUGAGUAAUACACUGAAAAAAACAACCCUUGAAAGUAAAGAUUUAGACCAUGAACUCGUCAGAAAAAUUAACUCUUCAAAUCAGUUAAAAUGUUGGGCAAUUUCCUCAUUGACUUCCAUAAAUUCAUAGCUGAUUUUGGUCUUUUUAUUGAAUUAUUGGUUAUUAGAAAUACUUAAAGCUACGUUUUUUAAUACAUCUGUCUUGGACGAACUGUUGGUUCUUUGGCUCCGUCUGCCCAAUUGAGCAAAGGCUUCUGUUUGGCUCCUGUGUAACACUGACAAGCACACACACACACACACACACACACACACACAUUUAGGCUGAUUUAUACACACACUACGCAGUAACAGUGAGACAAUCGAGAUGUAAGAUCAAUAGAAGGCAUCUUUUUUACAACACUUUUAUACUAAAACCUGAAAAAAGCCUGUGAAUACGACACUGUGUUUGCGUGUGUGUAGGAUGAAGUGUCUCGUCUACUUCAAGUGUAAAAUAGAGACCGUUUUAAGGUACCUUGCAAUACCUUAUUAGACUAAUAGAGUAACUGUUAGAGUAGUGAUCAUGCUUAUGAUAAUCAUGAAUUUAGAGGAAGAAGACUGUUGAUUAUUAUUUCGUAAUUUCUCUGAUAUUUGUGGGUGCCUUGAGUUGGAAAACUGACGUGUCAAAAACGAUCACUACAUGCUUUUUCUUUCUUUUUAAAGUCACUUUUUUCAUACUUUAGGCUACAAAUGAGUAGUUAAAGGAAAGUAGAUAUAAGGAAAGAGGUGAAGCUGUUUUAGUUUGUAGAAAAUGUCCUGCCUUUUUUAUUUUUCUACGUUCAGUUGUCUUAAUUUAUUUUUCACCGUUUCUGUUUUUAAUGUGACACGGUGAUAGGAAUUUGGGCUGUUCCAUUUUUUAAUGGGGGGGGGGGGUGACGUUUGUUUUUUUCUACUUUUAACACUACAGAAAUAUACUCAUCCCCCAGUUUGUUAAUGUGAGUUUAAGUUUUCAUGAAUGCUGUUGAAAAGACAUUUCCCAAUAUAGAGAUUUUAUUUCCGAUGUGUUUCCGUUAGGGUCAGUUUUAUAAUCCCCCCCUUCGCAUGUCCAGUGACCUAGUUUGGUUUCCUGGAUCCACACUUAGUUUUAGACUUCGUGCACUGUGUUUCUGCUCUAUACAGUACAUUGCGUUUUCACAUAGUAUUUGCAGCCCUGUUUUAUUAUUCUGUGCAAAAAGCGAACACCCAUCAGGCAGCUGAGGAUAGAAACAUAUUUUACUGAUGCUGGAGGGUUUUUUCUGUCCAUAGCGCCUCAGUACACAUGCACCAACGUGACACAUGCAUUGUAACGCCUCAGAGGAGUCUGUACAGGGUGUGUUUUGAUUUUAUUUGACUGUAUUCCACCUGAAAAACAUGCAUUUUAACAAACUGACAGGUUGUUUUAUGUUAUUUUAUUUAAUGUACAUGAAUGUCAUUAUUCUCAACAAAUAAAUCUUUGUCCUUUGGUUUAAAAAACUGA